UUUUUUUGUUCUCUUUCCUACAUAUACGCGCACUCAUACACACAGACUCUCUUUCCUUUUCUUUUUCUUUUUUCCUCUUUUUUUUGAACUUUUAUGGAUAUACCCAAUAAUUCUUCUUCUGAAGAAGGACUACGAAGGAUUCGUAAUAUCCAUCCUUCUCAGUUAUCUUAUGGUGCUACUUCUUCUGGAGAUACUGACAUUGUUUAUCACGAUGAUGAUCCUUCUGGUCUAUCUCGAUCCAUCACUGGAAGCUCAUUUUCUGAUCGGUUAGGCUCAUUUGUUACCUCUUAUUCAAGGACUUCUAUGAACUUUAUGGCCGAAAACUUGUCAGUUCCAAAUACCCUACCUAUGGAAGAUAAUAUAUCAAGUUAUAGUGGUUAUCGUCGAUUAUCAAAUGAUGGUCAACAAUCUAUUUUGACAAGAUAUGAAACAACUAAAAGUGACUAUAGUCAUUUUGAAAGGCCAUCACUCUAUUUCAACCAACUAGAUCAAGUUCUUUCUCAACAUAGUACCGUGGCUGAUGUUCAAUCACUUUUGGCUGCUCAUCGUCACGAUAGCUCUUCUACUAUUCCACUUCAAAAAAAAUCUUCAUUUGCCCAAUCGACUUUCAAUUCAAUCAAUGUUUUAUGUGGUAUCGGUAUAUUGACUCUUCCAAUGGGCUUCAAGUGUGCUGGAUGGAUUGUUGGAAUGAUUGUAUUUAUAUUUUGUUGUGGAUUAACCAAUUAUACUGCCAAACUACUUGCUCAAUGUUUGGAUGUCGAACCUGAUUCAAGAACUUAUGGUGAUUUGGGUUCCUUGACCUUUGGUCUUAACGGACGUAUCGCGAUUACUCUACUCUUUAUUACAGAAUUGAUUACUAGCAGUGUCGCUCUUGUUGUUCUCUUGGGCGAUGGUAUUGAUUCUUUAUUUCCUGGUUUUUCUGUUGAACAAAUUCGUGUCCUCUCCUUUUUGAUCUUGACUCCAAUGCUCUUUUUGCCGGUACGACAUCUUUCUUAUACAAGCUUACUUGGUAUUAUUUCUGCUUUCAGUAUUUUGGGAGUUGUGGUUGUGGAUGGUGUAUCAAAAUCGGAUGCUCCUGGAAGUCUGAUCUCUCCUUCUGAAACGUCCAUGUGGCCAGUCGAUUUGAUGAAAGUACCACUUUCGUUUGGUCUUAUUAUGGCGGCUUUUGCUGGUGGAGCAGUAUUUCCUACGGUAUAUCGUGAUAUGGCCAAUCCAAAACAAUUCAAUACAGUGGUAAAUUUUAGUUACUUGACAACAGCACUUAUCUAUUUCGGUGUUGCUACCAGUGGAUAUCUUAUGUUUGGAUCACAAACAAUGCAAGAGAUUACACAAAACUUGGUGACUAUACCUGAAUACAAUCAAGUAUUAAAUCGUCUUGCUGUAUGGUUGAUCGCUAUGAAUCCUAUUGCCAAAUAUGGUCUUACUUUAAAUCCUGUGAAUUUAACGUGGCAACUUUGGCUUUAUCGAACACCAAAGAUGGAGAGAUGGUGCCAAGAACAUGUAUGGGUAGAACCGUUGAUAUCAGUGGUUGGAAAACUAAUGGUUAGCGCAGGCAUUGUUUAUUUGGCUUAUGUGAUACCUGGAUUUGAUAAAAUCAUGGGAUUGCUUGGUGCUUUUUUCUCUUUUGUGAUAUCUGGUAUCUUCCCUCUGAUUUGUCAUCUGUACUUGUUUAAUGACAGAUUGUCUCCUUGGAUCAAGAUGAUCGAUUAUAUUCUAUUGGUGAUCGCAAUAUUGAUGGCUACCAGUGGAACUGUAGUUAGUUUUAUGUAGAUUAUUUAUUGAAUAGAAUCACGACCUUUUUUUUUGUUUGUUUUAUUUAUUCUCUCUAACUUAUUCCAAUCAGAUAUUUAGAAUAUCAUAGUGACUUUCCUUCUAUUUAUUAUUGUACCCUGAAUUGUUAUAUUAUUAUUAUUCCAUCAUUGUAUUCAAUCACUUUUAUCAUUCAAAAUAAACAACCACAAAAAAAAAGGCAUGAUCUAUAUUCAUCUUUAUCAUAAAAUGUUUUUACCAUUCCCACAGGGAUCAUCCAUCGUUUGCAGCUGACCAUCAUACAGUGACAUUCAUUAUCCAUUAUGCUCAUUACUACAUAUAUCGCCUAUCA